UGGGCUCAAAGUUUCAAGCAAUUGGGAUUGGGUCAGCCGCUCUCUCUCUCUCUCUCUCUCUCUCUCUCUCUCUCUCUCUCAGAGAGACUGUAGAGAAAGAGCUUUAUAUAGAAGAGACUCUGCGUCUAACCUUUACCUGCAUAAGUUGAAGGGUGGGGGGUCAAUGAAACAACAAAACCAAGAAAGCCCAUGGCCAAAUACAAAAGCUAAAAAGCUUAAAGAAAGUUGAUUGCAGAAAGCAAGAGCUUUUCUUUCUCCACGUUCUUUCUCUCUCUUUCUCUGUCUUUAAGACUUUCUUUCUCUUUCUCUCUCUACCCAUUUCCUUCUAUCAGUAAAGCUGAAAACCCCACUACACCAAAAACUUCACCACCUGUACAGGUAAAGAUUGAUUUUCUUUCACUUCACCAAUAACAACAUAUAAUCUCCAAAUCCCAACAAUUCAUCCAUGCUAGACAACACCAAUCCAAGUGUUCCGUCUCCUUCUUCUGAUCCCUUCCCUGCCUUGGGUAAUGGGGUCACCAACAAAAAGAAAAGAAAACCUGCAGGAACGCCAGAUCCAGAUGCAGAGGUUGUUUCUCUAUCGCCCAGGACUUUGCUGGAAUCAGAUAGAUAUGUUUGUGAGAUCUGUAACCAAGGGUUUCAAAGAGACCAGAACCUACAAAUGCAUAGGAGAAGACACAAAGUGCCUUGGAAGUUGUUGAAGAGGGAGACACAAGAAGUGAAGAAGAGAGUUUAUGUAUGCCCAGAGCCAAGCUGCUUGCACCAUGACCCUUGUCACGCUUUAGGUGAUCUUGUUGGUAUAAAGAAGCACUUUAGAAGGAAACACAGCAAUCACAAGCAGUGGGUUUGUGAGAAAUGCUCUAAAGGUUAUGCUGUCCAAUCUGACUACAAAGCUCACCUCAAGACUUGUGGCACAAGAGGCCACUCCUGUGACUGUGGCCGUGUCUUUUCCAGGGUGGAGAGUUUCAUAGAGCAUCAAGACGCUUGCACAGUAAGGCGAGGCCAACCUGAGCUACAGGCGUUGCAGCCGGCAUGCUCUUCUAGAACUGCUUCAAGCACAAGCCCUUCGAGUGAUGCCAAUUUUAACAUCGCCCCAUUACAAGGAUUGCCAAUACCAAAACCAUCUGAACCUGUUUUCUUAUACUCAUCAUCUGAUAGAUAUGAUGCUUCUACUUCUAGUCAGCAAGAGCACAAUCUUGAACUUCAACUCCUGCCAUCAUCCACCACUACUCGCUUAUCACAAAAUCCUGAUGAACGCUACCCUACAAAUUUGAAGCUUUCAAUAGGGUCAAGUGGCCGCAGCGAAAAGAAUGAAUCAAAUCAGCAGGCUAGUUUGGAAGCAAGUAGAGAGAAAAGUGCUGGGGAUCCUACUCUGGAAGCUGAAAAAAUGAAAGAAUUUGCAAAUGAGCAGCUGAGGUUAGCUAUGGCUGAAAAGGCCUACGCUGAGGGGGCUAGACAACAAGCCAAGAGGCAACUCGAGAUGGCUGAACUGGAAUUUGCAAAUGCAAAGAGGAUAAGGCAACAAGCACAAACUGAACUUGAAAAGGCUCAAGUUUUAAGAGAACAAGCUACAAAGAAGAUUAGUUCUACAAUCAUGCAAAUCACUUGCCAAGCUUGCAAGCAACAAUUCCAAUCACCGACGGUGGCUGCACCGGCAGAUGAGACAUCACUUGCCAUGAGUUACAUGUCCUCAGCAACAACUGAAGGGGAAGGAGAGUGAUAUAAUAAAAUCCCAAACUUGUCAUCAUCUUGCAGCUGGGUUAAAGCUUAAACAUAUCGGAAGCCAUGUAUUUAAGCAGGCCUUUACGCUUUUGAUUUGGUUUUGGCUGUCGGUUUAAAUUUGCUCUGGCCAUAUCAAUGUUUUAACCAUUGUUGUGGUGUUAAUUAAUCAUUUUGGAGUGGUGCAACGGUUCUUGUACUGAUUUAAAGAAAUAUAUAGUAGUAGUAGUAGCAGUGACAACAAUAA